GCGCCCGGGGGCGAGGCCGGCCCGCCGGAAGCCUGCUACCUGUGCGGCGAGGGCUGCGGCAAGGAGGCCAGGCCGGUCUCGGCUAAGAUCGCCAACGGGAACGCCAAGAGCGCCAUGCACUUCCCCUUCCUCAGCCUGCUGCCCUGCCCGCCCGGCGCCAAGGGGCUGAGCAAGCACUGGGAGGUGAGCAGCUGCCGCAAGUGCUACGGGGUGCUGCAGGACCUGUGGGCCAUGUACCGGGCGUGCCGCGACGAGGAGCUCAUCACCUCCGUGCAGAGCUUCCUGGGCAGGUACCACCAAGUUUUCUCCGGCACCGACGCAGCCGGGCAUCCGGCGGCCAAGCCCGGCCUGGCCUCCUUCUGCUACAUCUGCGGGGCCGAGCUGGGCACCGGCAAGGAGUUCCAGCUCAACGUGAACCCCCCCGGGCGCUUCGGGGAGAAGGAGCCCUUCUUCCCCUUCCUCACGGUCUACCCCCCGGCCCCGCGGGCCAGGCCGGCCGACGCCACGGGGCUGGUGUCCACCUGCGUCCUCUGCUACCACGACCUGCUGGGCCAGUGGGCGCAGCACGAGGGCCGCAACGCCCACCACCCCAGCAGCGCCUGGUCCCGGCAGUACAAAGUGGAGACCUUCAUCUGCUUCUUCUGCCGCCAGGAGAAGAAGCGAUGCCUCGGAUUAAGGGCCGUGUGCGUGGCCCGGCUCCCCGUGUUCCUCUACACGCUCCGGGUGCCCAACAGCUUGCUGGUGGACGAUGGGAAGCAGCUGAUCAUCGGAGCGUGCCUGGACUGCAGAGCGGUGGUCCUGGCUGGCAAAAGCAUGAUGCCCCCGGACCUGCUGGCUGCACCGCCCCCGAUGACCCUCCCCAAGGCCUCGUCCUCCUCUUUCGAGACACCUGCCCUCAAGGCCGUGGCCGGCGAGCCCAGGCAGCGCGGGGUGGGCGCCGGCGAGAGCCCGGGAGCGGGGAACGGAGCUGCCCAGGACGUCGGCUCCGACCGCAGCCAGCGGACGGGUUUGGAUGUGGACGGCGCCGACCCAGGAGCUACAAGCAUGAGCCAUGAGCCAAAGUCGCCUUCACUAGGAAUGCUCUCGACAGCGACCCGGACCACAGCCACCGUCAGCCCCCUCACCCCUUCCCCUCUCAAUGGCUCGCUGGUGCCCAAUGGCAGCCCCGCCGCCAACAGCACUUUGUCCGUCCAGUCUGCGCCUUCGUCCAGCUUCGCCGCCGCGCUUCGCAAACUCGCCAAGCAAGCAGAGGAGCCCCGAGGGUCUUCGAUAAGCAGCGAGUCUUCGCCCGUCUCCUCGCCAGCCACCAACCACAGCUCCCCGGCCAGCACGCCCAAGCGAGGACCCAUGGGCCCCAUCAUCGUGCCGCCGGGCGGGCACAGCGUGCCGAGCACGCCCCCCGUGGUGACCAUCGCGCCGACGAAGACUGUGAACGGGGUGUGGCGGAGCGAAGGCCGACAGCAAGAAGCAGGGUCCCGAGGCGGCGGGAGCAGCAGCAGCAGCCGGGAGCGCCUGAUGGCCGAGCCGCCCCUGCCGCAGGAGAAGGCCGGGGGCCCUGCUGUCCCUUCCCACCUCCUGGGCGCACCUUACUCCUUCGGGAUCCCGCCGACCUCCGUCGUCCAGGACUCCCGCUUCCCGCCUCUGAACCUGCAGCGGCCUGUUCACCACGUGGUGCCUCCCAGCGCGGUCACAGAAGAUUACCUGCGCAGCUUCCGGCCCUACCACACGCCCGAAGACCUGCGCAUGUCCUCCCUGCCGCCCCUCAGCCUGGAUCCGGCCACUGCUGCCGCCUACUACCACCCUAGCUACCUGGCCCACCACCCCUUCCCUCACCCAGCCUUCAGGAUGGAUGACUCGUACUGUCUGUCCGCCCUGCGGUCCCCUUUCUACCCGAUCCCGACGCCAGGCUCGCUGCCACCGCUGCACCCCUCGGCCAUGCACCUCCACCUCUCGGGGGUGCGGUACCCCACCGAGCUGUCUCACUCGUCGCUCUCGGCCCUGCAGUCUGAGCGGAUUUCCAGCCUGACGGCGGAGAGGCUGCAGAUGGACGAAGAACUGAGGCAGAGGGAACGGGAGCGCGAGCGGGAGCGGGAGCGCGAGAAGGAGCGGGAGCGGGAAGCCGACCGGGAGCGGGAGCGGGAACGGGAGCGGGAGCGGGAGAAAGAGCUGGAGCGGGAACGCGAGAAGGAGAGGGAGCGCGAGCGGGAGCGCGAGCUGGAGCGGGAGCGGGACCGGGCCCGCGAGAAGGAGCUGAGCAUGGUCAAGGCCAUGGAGGGCCCUUUCCUGCCUGUGUCGGAGCUGCACGGGCUGCGCAGCCACCCGGCGGAGGAGCGUGUCAAGCCGGCCGAGCAGCUGACGCCCAGCAGGCCAGAGAAACUCAAGGACUCCAGUCUGCAGACACCCAAACCUGUGCAGCACCCUUUGCACCAGCCCCCGACCCCGCACCACCCCGUGCCCAGCCUCAUCUCCAACCACGCAGUCUUCCCCCUGCCGGGGAGCAGCGCAGCCACGGCGCUCCUCAUCCAGCGCACCAACGAGGAGGAGAAGUGGCUGGCACGCCAGCGGCGCUUGCGGCAGGAGAAGGAAGACCGCCAGUCCCAGGUGUCCGAGUUUCGGCAGCAGGUCCUGGAGCAGCACCUGGAUAUCGGGCGCCCACCCAACCCCCCGGAGGCUGAGCACCGGCCGGAGAACCCCAGAUCGGGACCAACCCGCCACGAGCCAAGCGGGCGCGAGCAGCCCCAGCACUUCGGAGGGCCCCCGCCGCUCAUCUCCCCCAAGCCGCAGCACCACCCCGUCCCCACCUCGCUCUGGAACCCCGUGUCCCUGAUGGACACCAACGUGGAGCCGCGCCGGGUCCCGGAGACCCACUCCCUGCACGCCCACCCCGCUCCCUUCGAGCCCAGCCGGCAGGCCAUCCCCCUGGUGAAGGUGGAGCGGGUCUUCUGCCCCGAGAAGCUGGAGGAAGGGCCGAGGAAGAGGGAAACCCUGGACAAAUACCAGCCUCCACGGGAGCCCCCUGGGGUGACCGAGCACGCUGGCUUCCCCCACGCGCCCUUCCUGGCCGAGCUGGAGAAGUCCACGCAGAGCAUCCUGAACCAGCAAAGGGCAUCGCUCCCACAGCCCGGGCAGUUCAGCGACGUCAGCCUGGCCAGCAAGCCCAGCUCGCCCUACCGGCCCCCACUGCCACGGGGCCAGGACCCCAUGUACAUGUACGACGAGUUCCUGCAGCAGCACCGCAAGCUGGUCAGCAAACUGGACCUGGAGGAGCGUCGGCGGAGGGAAGCCCGGGAGAAGGGCUACUACUAUGACCUGGACGACUCCUAUGAUGAGAGCGAUGAGGAGGAGGUGAGAGCCCAUCUCCGGUGCGUGGCUGAGCAGCCCCCGCUCAAGCUGGACACUUCCUCCGAGAAGCUGGAGUUCCUGCAGCUCUUCGGCCUGACCACGCAGCAGCAGAAGGAGGAGCUGCUGACCCAGAAGCGGCGCAAGCGGCGGCGGAUGCUGCGGGAGCGGAGCCCCUCGCCCCCGACGGUGCAGAGCAAGCGUCGGACGCCCUCGCCUCGCCUGGUGCUCUCCACCCGCUACAGCCCUGACGAGAUGAACAACAGCCCCAACUUCGAGGAGAAGAAGCGGUUCCUCACCAUGUUCAACCUCACCCACAUCAGCGCCGAGAAGAGGAAAGAUAAGGAGAAGCUGGUGGAGCUGCUGCACGCCAUGAAGCAGAAGAGCACGCCGGCCGCCGUGGUGGUGAAGAGCUCCCCGCGGGACAGCCCCAACACCACGCCGACCGAGCCUGCAAUGCAGCAGCUCCCUGUGGAUCCAGACAAACCUGUGGGCAUCGCUGUCUCCCUGCCUGACGUGCCGAAGCCUGCCGAGCCCAGCCGGUUAGAGCCACCCAGACCCCCGGGGGCCAAGGAGCCGGCUCCUGCCCCAGCUGAGAAGCCCAAGCUCAGUGAUGGGCACAUGGGGAAGAAGAGCCUGAGCAUCCUCAACUACGUGCGGGGCCCCAUAGCCAAGGACAUCCCCGUGCCACUGUCCCACAGCGUCAACGGGAAGAGCAAGCCCUGGGAGCCCUUCAUGGCGGAGGAGUUCGCGCACCAGUUCCACGAGUCCGUGCUGCAGUCCACACAGAAGGCGCUGCAGAAGCACAAAGGCAGUGCGGCCGCGCUGACCGCCGAGCAGAACCACAAGGUGGACGCCUCCAUCCACUACAACAUUCCCGAGCUCCAGGCCUCCAGCCGGGUCCCCCUGCCCCAGCAGAACGGGCAGCCUGAUGCCCAGCCCCCACGCAAGGGGCUCGUCCCCCCCGAGCACGACAAAGACUCCGACUCGGAGGGAGAGGAGGAGGACGAGGAGGAGGAGGAGGAGGACGAGUGCCCCCGGCCCAAGUGGCAGGGGAUCGAGGCCAUCUUCGAAGCCUACCAGGAGCACAUAGAAGAACAAAACCUGGAACGGCACGUGCUGCAGACCCAGUGCCGCCGGCUGGAGGCCCAGCAGUACAGCCUCAGUCUGACAGCUGAGCAGCUGUCCCACAGCAUGGCGGAAUUAAGGACCCAGAAGCAGAAGAUUGUCUCGGAAAGGGAGCGACUUCAGGCCGAACUAGAUCACUUGAGAAAGUGCCUUGCGUUGCCUGCAAUGCAGUGGUCUAGGGGUUACUUCAAGGGUUACCCCAGACGCCACCACCAACACUACGAGAAUGCAGAACGCUUCUUUCGUUGCCAUAUCCGUACAACUGCUGUACCUACCGCGAGGCUGGCCCGGGGUCGUCGCCACGUCGCUCCAGCCGAAAGGCCACGCCGGGAAGAGACCGCGCCAUGUAUCUGGGGCCGCGGCGAGCCGUGGGAGGGAUCCGCUGAGCCACGAGCCCUGGGAGGAGUGAACCGCCACGGCGAGCCCCCGCGAGCCUGCCUUUAAGUCAAUGGGCUUUCCACUGGAAAUGCACUUUGCUCCAAGCAAAUAAAGCGAAUAAACAAACUGAAGGUACCUUCUUAUUACUGCUGGGCUGGGGGGGAGGGAGUGGAUUGUACAGGUGCUGGAAACACCCCCCCGACACCCACACCCCCGGAGGCACCCCCCCGAUGCUGUCUCGCCCCCGGCCCCCGCGGGUGACGUUUUCAUACAGAGUCUGACGAUUUUGCGAUUUCAAAAAAAAAAAAAAAAAAA